CGCGACAGCCGCGACUCGGCCGGCGGGACGCAGGCCGCGCUUUCGGGGCCCUUUCUGCGGCGCGCAGGCGCAGGCGGCGCGGCGGCGGCGGCGCGACGCCCCGCGUCAGUUGGCGGCGGCAUUCGGUGCAACAGCGUCGUUCACGGACUCGGACGCUGUUUAUAAAUAUUGGAGGCGGCGACGGGGUGGGGAUUCCUCGCCGGAGCCAGCGCCGAAAAGGAGCAUCAAACACAUCAAUGUCGCCCGGGCAGAAAAAGGAGCCCGUGUGACAAAAACCUCUCGCAACGCCUCCAUAGGCAUAACCUCCUAACUCCUGCCCACCGUAAGUGUGAAAAGUGGGGGAGACAUGUCGCCCCCGGAUUGGCCGAGCCGCCGGAGCUGACACCGUCCCGGCCAAUCGCGUCGCUCCGCCGUCAUUAACACAGUCCGUGUCGCAGCGGCGGCUUUCCUGCUAGUCGUCGCUCGCACUCUCCCCGGGAAGGAGGUGUCAGACUUGGCGCUGAAAAACCACCCCGGCCAGUGGCGUCCGUGCGUGCAGUGCUGUGAUGCCGGUGCGAGUGAGCCCCGUUUAGUACUCAGUCCGCCGUCCCGGAGCAGUGACCAAUGCGUUUCGACACGCUGGAGCCUCCCCCCGACGCCAAGGUGAAGAACAUGGCCUACCACCCCUUCCUGCAGCUGCCGCGGCAGACGGACUUCAGCGUGAGCUCGCUGCUCACGGCCGCCGGCGGCUCGGCGGCGUCGCCGCCCGCGCCCGGAUUCUUCCCGCCGGCGGCGCUCGCCGCCUUCGGCUCGCAGAACGCGCACUGCUACCCCGGCGCGCUGCUGCCCAAGAUCAACCACCCGCACCCGCACCACGCCGCCCUCGCCGGACACCCCUACACGACGGCGGAGGACGUGGUGCUGGCGGCCGUCGCGGCGCACAACCACCACCCGGCGAUGGUGCGCCCGCUGAGGGCCAUCCAGCCGGAGGAGGACGGCGUCGUCGACGACCCCAAGGUCACGCUGGAGGGGAAGGAGCUGUGGGAGAAGUUCCACAAGUUAGGGACUGAAAUGGUCAUCACGAAGAGCGGGAGGCGUAUGUUUCCUGCCUUCAAAGUACGCGUAUCGGGCUUAGACAAAAAAUCCAAAUAUAUCCUACUAAUGGACAUCGUAGCUGCUGACGAUUGUAGAUAUAAAUUCCAUAACAGCAGGUGGAUGGUGGCGGGCAAGGCGGACCCCGAAAUGCCCAAAAGGAUGUACAUCCACCCGGACAGCCCGUCCACGGGGGAGCAGUGGAUGCAGAAGGUGGUGUCGUUCCACAAGCUCAAGCUGACGAACAACAUCUCCGACAAGCACGGAUUCUUGAAAGAAAAAGCUGUUGAUUUCCUGACGAUACUCAACUCCAUGCACAAAUACCAGCCCCGGUUUCACCUCGUCAGAGCCAACGACAUCCUCAAACUGCCCUACUCGACGUUUCGGACGUACGUCUUCAAGGAAACCGAGUUCAUCGCCGUAACGGCGUACCAAAACGAAAAGAUAACGCAGCUCAAGAUCGACAAUAACCCUUUUGCGAAGGGCUUCAGGGACACGGGGGCGGGAAAGCGGGAGAAAAAGCAGGCGAUGCUGGCGCAGAGACACACGGACGACAAAACGUCACAUCCGCUUCCGGCGAGGAUGUCUGCGGACAGCAGCACGGUUUCAAAGACUGACGACUCGGAGCUGGACGUCGUGGGCACGGCGGACAGCCCCAGGCCCUCCCUGCACACCACGACGCCGAUCGCCUCCUCCAUCAACCAUUCCGGAGCCGAGGAGGAGUCGCUCCGCCGACGGCUGCACGAGGACUCGGGCUCCGAGUCCAGCUGCUCGGAGUCGCCCGGCGGCACGGCCUUCAGGCCGCGCCCGUCGUCCCCCAAGGACGCCGCCCCCGGCCCGUCCAACCCCUCGGAGUACCCCUCGCCCAACAUCAGCGUGGGCCCGCCCAUCCACCCGCCGCCGCACCUGCUGCCGUACCUGUACCCGCCCGGGCUGUACCCCGGCGCCGGGGGCCCGCCGUUCGCGCCGCACCUCAGCCUCUUCUCCGGCGCGCACGCCCCCGGCAUGAACCCCAGCCUCCUCUUCAACGCGCAGCUCGCAUUGGCCGCCCAGCACCCCGCCCUCUUCUCCCACUACCAGAACCUCGCCCACCCCAACCCGCACCACCUGUCGCCCACGUCGCCGCUGCACAACCACCUCAAGGGCGGGCACCGGUUCACGCCCUACACCCUGCCCACGGCCAACGUGAGCUCCUCCCCGCUGGGCAGCGCCUUCGAGACGGUCACGCCCAGCUCGCACACGCGCAGCCUGAGCAACUCGCCGUCGGGGCGGGGGCGCGGCGGCUCGCUGUCGCCGCCCCCGCGACCAAGCACCGCCUCGCCCAAGCCGGAGGCGGCGGCGUCGCCCAGCGACCUCAAGAGCAUAGAGAAGAUGGUGAACGGACUGGACGUGAAGCAGAGCGAGGACGGGGAGAAGUAGUGGCAAUAGAGUUGCGAUUGCACAUGUAAAUUACCGUAAAGUGCUUUUCUUAUCGUAGCUUACAACUGCUGGAAAAAAGUACAAAAUGUGUGUGAGUUUACUUCACUAGGUGAAGCGACCUCGUUUUUGUUGAUCCGACCUUUUGGUGCUAUGCUGGAGUUUAUUUGGCCCCACUACGAUAGCGACCCGUAGACUGUUGGAGCUUUUGUAAUUAUACUAUAUGACAAGUAAGACACGAUAGAGAGUUAAUGUUCCUUUAAUUACUGCAAUUAAUUUAAAACAAUUAUGUAAAUAGUGUUUGUACGUACCGCGUCAACUCUGUAUAUACUGGUUGUUUUGUGUUUCAUCAAGAAACUGUAAAUUGUAAAUUACUCCUAUAACACUAUGUAUAUUAGAUUCAAAAUUUAUUUAUAUUUCUACCAAAGAGUUUCGAUGGUUUUUGUGCCCGAAUCGCCAUA